CCAAAUUCGCUAAAAUAAGUCUUUGAUAACAGUCAGAGCGGUAGGAGGGGGUCAUUUGCAGUGGCGUUUAGAGAUUGAGCUCAGCGUCAGAGGGCAAGUUUCUGACCAUGAGAAUCUUAAUCGGAGGGGGAUCUGGCUUCAUUGGCCGUGAGCUGACCCGCCUGCUUAGGGAUAAAGGUCAUGAGGUCACAGUGAUAUCUCGCCAGUCUGGUCCAGGGAAGAUAACAUGGGGUGAGCUGGAGUCUCGUGGUCUCCCACCGUGCGAGUGUGCCGUCAACUUGGCUGGCGAGAAUCUCAUGAACCCACUUCGAUGGUGGAAUGAAAGCUACAAAAAAGACUUGUUCUCCAGUCGCAUUGACACAACCAAAGCGCUCUCUCAAGCCAUUGCUGCUUCCUCCAGUCCUCCUCAAUCUUGGGUGCUGGUGUCAGGUGUAGCUUGCUACAAACCCAGUCUAACAGCUCAGUACACAGAAGACAGUGAUUGGACUCCGUUUGACCUUCUCUCAAGCCUUGUCAAAGAGUGGGAGGCCGCAGCACUUCUUCCUGAAAAUGUGGCAAAAAACACCAAACAAGUCAUCAUCCGGCCUGGGGCAGUUCUUGGUCGUGACGGUGGCGCCAUGAAGCAGAUGCUGCUUCCGUUCUGGCUCGGCCUCGGGGGCACCUUGGGAUCUGGAAGACAGCCAUUUCCCUGGAUCCACGUCUCAGACCUGGCAGGAAUCAUCACCCAUGCGCUGGAGCCGCCUGCUGACUCUCCACCCUCCCCAUCACCACAAGUGUUCAACGGAGUUGCACCGGCCCUCAACACCAACUAUGAGUUCACUAAAGAACUGGGGCGGGUCCUGAGGCGGCCCACCAUAUUUCCUGUACCUGGCUUUGUUAUGAACGCCCUAAUGGGCUCUGAGAGGGCUGUGGUCCUCACUCAAGGCCAGAAAGUCAUACCUAAGAGAACUUUGGAGUCUGGAUUUCAGUACAAGUACCCUGACUUGACCUCAGCCUUGAAGGAGAUUGUUCGUUAAUAGGAGCGUAUCUCUGCUCAUAUUUACUGUAUUACAAGAAUAAAUGUAAGAGCCUAAACGAGUCAUUAAAAAUGAAUCCCAGGAUUACAAGUUGGUAAAAGACUGUUGUAAAUUACACUUUUCCAUAUCUGUGGUCUGCUGUUGGUGGUGUGGAUCAUGUUUGAAAAACUAUUUUUAAAUAAAAUAAGUAAAAAGUGGCUUAAAUAUUUACUU